ACAGGCUUGAAUUGAAAGCUUUUUGUUGUACGAUUUCCAAUCCGAAUCUCCAGGACGCCUGUUUCGCUCUGGACCUCAAGCAUCUCCACGUUACUCAUACCAUAUUGCACAACAGACGCAAUAUUCUUACACACCACCUUGUUCCUUCCACGCUUCGUAAAUUGCUAUGCGUUAAUUGCCAUCUUCGCCCACUUCAUUGACUGGAUUCUAAGUGUCGUGUGCCGUGGCUCUUCUUGUACGACCCAAAUUAAAGUUGUCGCUCGGUACCCAUCGAAAGAAUACCAGAUAAGUGGAGGAAAGUACAGCAUCGGCAGAAAAUUGAAACACGAUCGGCUUAGAGAGAUUGUAACACCUGCAGCCCGCAUUUAAAACUUGUUUUUAAGUGCGCCAUCUGCUAAUAAUCGCCGUGGAGUAUAUUUAAGCAACGGGUCCAAGUGAGCGGGCAGUGGCGUGAGGUUUUGUCCAAGAGACUCCACGUUGGAAUUCUUUUCGUAGAUUCACAAUCUGCGAGCAUCAUAUGAGACUGAUACGAAUUUUCGGAAACUUUACUUCGUUUUCAACCCUUUAACAUGUCCAUCUCAAGUGCUAGAACAUCAUUAUCUUCCCAGGAGCUGACCGGCGAAGCAAAAUUGACGGACGUUACCAAAAUUGUAGAAAGCCUCAAGGCGGAUUUAGAGAAGAUUAGCCUUCUACCGCAUCAACGAGAUGCACUCCUGGAGCAGUUGAAGGUUUAUGGUCGUGACCCUUCCAAUGCAGACCCGAUAUUUACCAAAGAGGGAAUCGAGACUCUUUCAAAGCAUGCCUUCAAUAGUCCUUCCAAAACUACUUCUCGAAAUGCACUUCGAUGCCUCGCAAACGCCCUCCUCCUGAAGCCAGAUACGCGACAGAUAUUGGUUAGCUUGGGUUAUGAUGAAAGGGCUUGCGCUCUACUCAAAGAUAGAAUUGCAUCCGUUGAUGACGAAUUUUUGUUGUCUAGAAUUAUCUUUCUUACAACUUACGGUACCACGAUAAACAUUGAGAAUCUCAUUGACCAGUGUCAUCUGGCAGACACCAUCUCACACAACAUUGCCAACCAUGAUAAGCUUCACGGUGUGAAGCAGAAGAAAGUCAAACAAUCAGAUCCAAUGGAGGAUAUGGCUCUUGCUGAAUCGCUUAAGCUUCUUUUUAACAUCACACAUUUUUGUCUCCAACGAAACUCCAGUUUUUCCCAAGCACUUCCUCAUAUUUUAUCCAUUCUUCAUAAAAUAGAGACGAUUCCGAACGCACCUCUAGAUUCUCCUAUCGCGCAACUCGUCAACACUCUUAUCAACAUACCUCUUGAAGACCCAGGAAAUAUUAACGUGCUGUUUCCUAAAGGAAGCCCGAACUUAAAUGUCGAGAAGUUUCUUGAACUCCUCGAUCAUUCCAUCAACAAAUACCAAGACGAAGAACUUGAGCAGCUUGUCUCACCACUACUCACCCUCAUUCGUAAAGCAUACGAGAUCGGUCCCUCCGAAGUUCACCAAUUAAUGCAAACCCGGUUACUUCCAAGUGACAAAGACCGUGAACAACCUGUAGGCAGAGGAGAGUCAUUGUCUGCACGCUUGAUUCGAUUAUCAACAAGUCCCAUGGCGCCCCAAGUUCGGGAAUCUAUAGCUGCAUUACUGUUUGAGCUGUCUGACAAGGACGCUAGCACGUUUGUUCAGAACCUCGGCUACGGAUUUGCCUCUGGCUUCUUGUUCCAGCACAAUGUCCCUAUCCCAGAAAAUGCCUUUGAAGCGUGGAGUACGGAAAAUGAUAAAGGUAAUGGUAUGACAAGGCCCAGCCACGAUAGUGGUAAAGCAGUCAAUCCUAUUACAGGGCAACUUCUCGAAGCGGAGGAGAAGAUUGAUCUUCCUGAGAUGAGCCAGGAAGAGAAAGAGAGGGAGGCUGAAAGAUUAUUUGUAUUGUUUGAGCGAUUGAAGAAGAAUGGAAUCAUCACUGCGACAAACCCGAUGGAGGAAGCGUUGCAACAAGGGAGGUUUGAAGAAUUGGAGGAUGAUGCAGAUUCCGAUUGAGAAAGAAUGGUAAAAUUUGCGAGAUGAAGCUAGGGGCUUGCUGGCAACUCUUACUUUCACAUGUAAACCAAUUCCUUUGAUGAAUGAUGUGAAAAGUCUUCCAAAGUUGAAGUUUUCUUCUUUCUUUUGUCCUUGAAGUAAUCUAUGCAUCUUGUACUUGGUUAUGCAGCUUUACUGCGAAAUAUCACAGCUGAUAGGUAUGCAAAGACGAUGGCGGCUAUUGAGUCCGACCAAUCAGGUUCGGAGUUAGUGAAUCUGGUCUUCACUAUUCAUCAUCAGAUGGAUUCAC